CACAUAGGCAUUUCAACCUCCCCUAGCCACAAGUCUGGCUUCCACACCAGCAACAAGUUUCAAACCCGAGACCUCCAAGAAAGUGCUAUUAACACACCUAUUUUUAAUCCGUCUCACAUCAAAAACUUGACUUUUAUCACCAGGAAAGUGCUAUUAACACACCUAUUUUUACUUCCAAUACACCCACUUUACCUCUCACAUACUUCCAAUACACCCACUUUACCUCUCACACACCCUUGUCAAGUUUGAUCAUUGAUCUUCUUCAAUUCAUUCGAUCCGGAUAGCCGAAUCCUAUAUCACUAUUAUAAAAAUAAAAAAUAAAAAAUAAAGGUGCGUAAGAAGUAAAAACAAGUGUAGUGAAUAUCACUACUUUUACCAUCCACCUAUAUAUAGUUUAAUAUCAAACUAAAACGGUAUAUGCGCACUCUGAGCAGGUGGAUUCUCUCUCCGUUUUCCAUUUUUAUGGUAGGAGGGGAUCAUCGGUAGUAUAUACCUCCAAAUAUGUAAAUAGACAUAUUUAGUAAAAUUCUAUAAUUAAUACAUAUAGAAAAAAAAAAAAAAAAUCUUUUCUUUCAUAAUUUCUUCCCGAUGAAAUUUAGUAAACAUGAUUGAUGAAUACAUUUUACAGCAUGUCAUUUAUAAUCAUCCAGCUGUUAAGAGCUAAGUUUGAUAUUGCAUUCUAAAUAUGGAUAAAAACUCAAAAAUGUUCCGUACCAUCGAAAGAAUGGCUGGCGUUGAGAUUUUGAUGCUAUCCCACACACUAAUCGACCCUAGCUAUAUAGCGUCAAACACAAUGUUGUAUCUCUCGCAACUACUCUAAUAUAUUCUCGGUCUUCAACCUUUCUCUCACUAAACCGUAGAGAGGGAAAGAAGACCUUUUUCGAUCGAGACCAAAGAAAUUAACAUGGGUAAUUGUGCUAGUGAACCAAAGACCAAGGGUGAUGAUGCUGCUGCAGUGCCAGCACCGGAGCCCAGGAAGGAGUCGGAUGAGGCCGAGGAGGUGAACGCUGAGCAGCUGCAGGAAGAAAACAAGGCCGAACAAAAUACCGAUGGUGGUCAUAACAAACAACCCUCUCUCGGGGCCUUGCUCAAGGAGGAAGAAGAGAAGAGAGCCGAAGUGGCGGCAAAGGUAGAAGAAGAGAAGAUAGCUGAAGUUGCGGAAAAGCUAGAAGAAGAGAAGAGAGCUGAAGUUGCGGCAAAGCUAGAAGAAGCAGAAGAAAAGCCAAAGACCACUGAGAAGAAUGAGGAGAUAGCGGUUGAGCUCGAGAAAUCACCUCAAGCAGCAGCACCAGCUGCAGUUACCCAAGAAGACAAGAAAUUUGAUAUUGAGGAGAAGAGAGAGGAGAUAGCGGUUGAGCUCGAGAAAUCACCUGAAGUAGCAGCACCAGCUGCAGUUACCCAAGAAGACAAGAAAUCUGAUAUUGAGGAGAAGAAACCCGAAGAGGUAAAGGAGACAAAACCAGAAGAGAAGCUGUUAAAACCAAAAGAGAUCAAGGAGACAAAAGCAGAAGAGACCACGAUGACAAAAACAGAAGAGACCAAGGAGACAAAACCUGAAGUGAAAGACCAAAUAUGAAUUAAACCUGCUUAUAAGGGACUGGCUGGGGGCUUGUAACUAGUAACAGAUAGAUUGCCACUUGUCAUGUGUCUGUUUGUUCCAUUUGCAUGUUGGUUCCUUAAUAUGUAAGCUGUAUGUUAGCUUAGUUGUCAAGCUAAGAUUGGCAAGCUAUAAAUAGUUUUGGUGUUACAGUUUGGGCGGUUAAAUGAAAGGUUGAUUUCUGCAAAUCCCCUUUCUUCUUCUUCAAGAACUUUAGCUGUGUUCUUUCAAUUCUUGCUUCAACAAACCUUAGCUUUCAAUAAAGUUAUUAUGGUAUCAAAAGCCAAUGAUUCUUCUGUGGAAUUACUGAUUUCUUGAUUACUUUUCUUCGGUCUGCUGCUUGAAUCGCUGCGAUUCUUCAAGAAAUUUCAAGAUUUUUGGGGUGGGGAGGUUGUGCGUUCUUUCCUUCGAUUCUCAGCAAGAUCUUUUCUUCAGUUCCUUUUGUAUUUCUGUCGAAUUGGAAAGGCCGAUGCCAUAGAUUGCGUUUGAUCUGAUUUUAUUUUGAUUUGAUGAAUUGAUAAACAGCGAUGUAAUAUGUGUAUGUUGGAUUGGUGAAGACCGAAUCAGUACCAAUUAAUUGAUCAAAGGCCUAAAGUCAGCUCAG